AGAGAGAGAGAGGGAGAGGGAGAAACAGAGGCACAUAAAUCGUGAGGCGGUCGGAGUUUUCCGUUAGUUUUUUUGCAAACCACUUCUCCAUUCCCACUUCCUCAUUCUUCUUCCCCAAUCCAAGUCCCAAUUAAUCAAAUCCAUAUAUAAAUGACACACCAUUCAAACACACACAUAUAUAUCGUACAUACUCACAAUUACACAAAUUACUCUGUUCAUGGAUUUAUCGCAGUUUCCCUCACUCGUGGCGGUUAGCGUAGAUUCUCUUCAUAUUAGUGUGAUAUUUGAUCCCUUCUCCACAGCAUAAUUAAGCCAGUUUAACCCCUUUUAAUGGAGUCUCCCUCUGUUCCAUUGGAAGCUACAGAUGGGUAUGCAAAUGGGUUAUCUUCUCACAGAACAAAGACCCCUUCAUUAGAUAGUCAUUUCAGCAAUAGUGAAGAUCGUGAUCAUGACAAAGAGUCGUCGAUUUCUGAUUGUGAAAGUGGGAUAUCUGGUCCCACAAUUGAACUUGAACAACCCCAAUUGUUCGGUCCCGGGUUAGUCGCAAUCGACGAAGGGGACAGGCUGCACGAGAUCAUCAAACGGAAGUUCAUUUCGGGUUUGGGUUCUCUUGGAAUGGAAACCGCAGUGGUUGCCAUCCACAGGAAUUCUUGUUCCGGUUUUUUAGGACAAGCCAGGCUUCAAUCGUUCCGUGUUUUUGCUAGGGCAAUCGCGAACAAAUGUGGUGGUAAUGGAAACUUGAAGUACGCUUGGUUUGGUGGUUCCAAGGAUGAGAUUGAGAGGAUUGUUUCUCAUGGCUUUGGUCAUUGCGAGAACAAGGGGUUGUUUGGCCGCGGCAUCUAUCUCUCUCCCGACGAUUCCUCUAUCGAUAGUGUGAAAUCCUCAAUCGCUGACGAAAACGGACUAAGCCACGUAUUGCUGUGUCGCGUUAUCCUGGGGAAUGUGGAGCUUGUCCAGCCGGGUUCAGAACAGUUUCAUUCGAGUUCCGAACAGUUUGAUUCUGGUGUAGACAAUCUAACGGCUCCUAAGAAGUAUAUAGUGUGGAGUGCCCACAUGGAUACUCACAUAUUGCCGGAGUAUGUUAUAAGUUUCAGAGCUCCCUGUUUAAAUGGUGUUCAAAGGGUAGGAGAUCCAGUACUGAGGAAACCAAGUUCGCCGUGGAUGCCAUUUUCGACUCUGAUUCCAGUGCUUUCGAAGCUCUUGCCUCCUCAUAGCAUCAGUUUAAUCUCCAAGUAUCAUGCUCAUCAUAGAGAGAAGAAGAUUUCGCGACAUGAAUUGGUGCGACGAGUAAGGCAGGUCGCCGGGGACAAAUUGUUGACUGCAGUCAUAAAAUCUUUCGGAGAUAAGCAAUUCAAAGCACCAACCGGUUUUUUGCCAAGCACUUCAAACGCGUUUGCCCGAAAGAGCGGAAGGAACCCAUAACGGAGGUAGAGCUGAAGAGUUUGACCGUUGUCGGAGAUGUUCAGAAUGCAAGUUGCUAUUUUGAAUGUGAACAACAAAGCAUAUGGGUAGACAGGUAGUGGCAAUCUCAGGAAAAACUUGCAUCUUUUUUAUAUGAGUUUUUCUUAGUAUAUUUUGACUUGGGGAGUAUGUUGUUUUGUUUUCCAUGUUCAAGUUUUCAUCCUGACUUCAAGUUCGUUGUAGUAGCAGAAAGGAUAUGAGUUUUGACAAUUGGGUGAUAGAUGACUAUAAUCUGUUCCCUUUUGGUUGAUGAAUUCUUCAAUGGGUCAAUUGCUCAAGGAGAAAGUUUUGGUACGAAAAGUGAAAACAAAACCAAGUAUAGGGGAGCGCUAGCUCAGGG